AUGCACUCGUCAUUGCCGGAUCUGCCACCGGAACUGGUCUGCGAGAUCUCCAGCCGCCUGCACGACGUCGCCGACUUCGUCCGCUUCCAUGCCGUCUGCAAGUCAUGGCGUGAUUCACACCAUCCAGCGAUGCCACUGACGACCGAUCAGUUCCUGCCGUGGCUCCUUGCGCCUAGUAUGAAGGACGACGACUCCCUCAAACUCAGAUGUGUCUUCUCCAACAUGAGCUACCGCGCCCCGCCGCUGCCGCCAAUAUCUCGCACCAACGGCCAGAUGAACUGGGUCGCCAAUGCUAACGGCACCGCCAUCCGCUACUUCACCGCUUCCCCUGACGGGCUGACCUUCCACGACCCUCUCGCCGUAGAGCUCAUGACCCACAUGCCUCCGUUCCCAAAUGAGGGCGUCGACGGACGGUUGGGGGAGAAUCCCAGUGGCAUCGUUUACAACGAUGGUACCGUGCUUUUGUACAGCAAGCAUGACAGCAGCGAACAAGACACCGCCGAGUUCAAGGCGGCGCUCCUAUGUCCUGGGGACAAUGAGUGGACAUUCGUCAAAAGGACCCUCAAAUCCCCCUACUAUGGAGAGUUUUGUGUCGCGUAUCACGCUAGGAAGAUCCUUGUGACCGUGAGGGGUGACCUCUGGCACGUCGUGACAACACCAUCCGCUGCCGCGAACUGCAACCAAGUGAGGAUCCCCAAUUUGUCGCGGAUGCCACACGAGGACGAUGAUUACUACUAUAUGUACGGCUAUGUGCUCGAGUCCCGCGGCGAGCUUAUGUGGGUGUCGCUGCACAUCAAGAAGGAUUACCCAGACAUGAGUAGGACGAGCAUCCGCAACCUGGAACAGUCGUUUUUUAUGUCCGUGCACACGCUUGGGGAGGCCAUGAAGGAACCGGAAAAGUUGCGGUGGGUGAGGAAGGUUGGUCAAAGCCUGGCUGACCGUGUCCUAUUUUUGGGGUGGCCUAAUAGUUUUGCUGUGGACGCGUCGAGGCUAGGCGUGACCGGCGGAUUCACCUACUUCUUGUUCUAUGACGAACACCCGCUAAGUAGGCGAAGUGGUGUGUUCAGGUACAACCUCAUCGACAACACGGCCAAGUUCAUCGAGUGGCUACCCCAAGGAUGGGACAACGAGAUGUGCACAUGGGUCGUCCCCCAGCCCACCAUUGCUCCAAUCCACCAGGGUCUAGCAACUAUUCCAAGAAGCAAUAACAUGAUUCACAUCCAAAGAUGCUACGGCCCUCUUUUUGAGGUGUUGGUGCGCAACCUAUCUCCCACAACGAAGUGCUCUCAGCUGGAACAGUUGUUCAACAAGUACGGCAGGGUGUCGAGCGCCAAUGUGAUGUACUACUACAAGAAGACCAAGACCUCACGGGGCAUCGGCCUCGUCACAAUCGCGAUGAUGCACUUGCCGCCCUGGAUGGGUUGGUUUUAG